AUGGACGGGAUUCCAGCUCUUCUUGCAGGUACUCUAAAUCCUGCCACCUCCAGGUCUGCCGAGGAAGCUUUAAAAUCAUGGGAAGUUCAAGAUGGAAGCUUUGCUCUCCAGUUAUUAAGCAUUGUUGCAGAUGAAAACUCCGACCCUAGCAUCAAACUUGCUGCUUCUUUGUAUUUUAAGAAUUACAUUAAAAGAUACUGGGAUGCUGAAGAGGAUGCUACUGUUCGCAUUAACGACGAAGUGGCCGAACUCGUCAAGCGCGAAAUUAUCAAUCUCAUGAUUAAGAGCCCUGCCAAUAUUCAGGUACAAUUAGGAGAAGUUGUAGGCUAUAUUGCCAAUUUCGAUUUCCCUGAUCGCUGGGAUUCUCUUUUGCCUGAUUUGAUAUCCCGACUCUCUCCAGUAGACUUGAAUGUAAAUAUUUCUGUGCUUUCUACGGCUCACGCCAUAUUUAAGCGUUGGCGUCCUCUGUUUCGAAGUGAUGCGUUGUUUUUGGAGAUCAAAUAUGUGUUGGAUCGUUUUUGUGAACCCUUUCUUGCUCUCUUCAAGCAAACCAAUGCUCUCUUGGCAAGUGGACCCCAGAAUGUCGCUUCUCUAAACACCUUGUUUCAGGUUAUUUUACUACAAUGCAAACUUUUUUAUGAUUUAAAUUGUCAGGAUAUUCCGGAGUUUUUUGAAGAUCAUAUAACAGAGUUUAUGACUACUUUUCUCAAUUACUUUAUCUACUCUAAUCCUGCUUUGGAAGAUGAUGAUAACAAUGUCUUAAUUAAGGUAAAGGCCAGUAUUUGUGAAAUCGCUGAACUUUAUACCCUUCGAUACGAAGAAGUGUUUACCAAUUUAACCGACUUUGUAAAUAUGACUUGGACGCUACUUACAAAUCUUACCCAAGAGGAGAAAUAUGAUGUGUUGGUAGGAAAAGCUAUGGCUUUCUUAACUUCAGUUAUUCGAAUUCGUAGACAUGCAGAGUUCUUCCGACAAGAACCUAUCCUCCAACAAUUUAUCGAACUCGUCAUUCUCCCAAAUAUCUGCCUGCGUGAAUCUGACGAAGAGCUGUUUGAGGAUGAUCCCCUUGAAUAUGUUCGUCGUGAUUUAGAAGGAUCCAAUAGUGAUUCUCGUUCUCGGUCUGCCAUCGUACUGGUUCGGGGAUUAUUAGAUCACUUCGAUCAACUAAUUACCACAGUUAUUACUACCCAUAUAAAUGCUAGUCUUCAACAAUCCUCUUUAAAUCCUACAUCAGAUUGGAACAAAAAGUAUGCUGCUUUACAAUUGUUUGCGGCUAUUGCAAUUAAAGGUCAAUCGUCGAGGUUGGGAGUUACUUCAACAAAUCUCAUGGUUGAUGUUGUUAGUUUUUUUGAAAGCAACAUCAGACCUGAUCUAAUUCAACCUGUUGGGAGCGUUCAUCCUAUGGUACUGGCUGAAGAUAUCAAGUUUAUAUUUACUUUUAGAAACCAAUUGCAAUCUCAGCAACUUGUCGACAUCUUACCUAUUAUCGCCGAUUUCUUGAAAUUGCCGAAUUUUGUUGUUUACACUUAUGCUUCAAUUGCCAUUGAUCUAUUGCUUACGCUCCGCCAUGAUCACGUACACAUUUUUACUAGCCUUCUUAUAGAACCCAUUAUCCAUCCGGUAUUAGGCCAGCUAUUUUUCAUUAUCGAGAGUGGUGUUACUCCACAAAAGCUUGCUGAAAACGAUUACUUGAUGAAGGCUAUUAUGCGGAUUAUUAUCAUGUCUCAAGAGCGCAUUGUGCCAUUUGCUGAACUUGCUUUAACUCAUUUAACUAAAAUAACAACUGAAGUAUGCAAAAACCCUUCUAACCCAAAAUUCAAUCACUACUUGUUUGAGGCACUUGGUGCAUUUAUUCGAAGUUUAUCAAAAACGGGACCGCAAACCGUUUCGCAAUUAGAAUCUGCCUUGCUUCCUGUUUUCCAGAAUGUCUUGAUAAUGGAUGUGACUGAAUUUGUUCCUUAUGUUUUACAACUUUUGUCCCAAUUGAUUGAAGCAAGUGGGUCUGAACCUCUGCCUGAUUUUGUGGUGAAUAUGAUACAACCUUGCUUAUCUCCGGCCCUUUGGGAUUCCAAGGGAAACAUUCCUGCUUUAGUAAGGCUUUUGCAAGCAAUGAUUACUCGUGGUCCUCAAAUAUUUAUUUCAAAUAACUUUGUGGAACCUGUUUUGGGUAUUUAUAGGAAGUUGAUUUCCUCUAAAAUAAAUGAUCAUUUUGGUUUUGAUUUACUAGAUCGGGUGUUCUCCGUUUUCGAUGCUAACAUCCUUGCUCCUUACAUAAAUCAUAUCUUUUUCUUAUUAUUGAGCCGUCUUAAAAAUUCACGUACUGAACGGUUUUCAUUACGUUGUACCGUGUUCUUCUUCUUUUUGGCGGCUUCUACUACAGGUUCAUGCGGACCAGAUAAUUUAAUUCAUGGCGUGGAUUCCGUACAAACCGGAGUGUUUGGACAAGUUAUGUCUUCAAUUAUUUUACCUCAAACCCAAAAACUAUCUCUUCCUUUGGAUAGGAAGAUCACCGCAAUAGGUAUGGUGCGCUUGCUCACUAGUGAUCUUUUAGUAUCAAAUAACUCUCCAUAUGAACGCCUAUUCAUUCCCAUCCUAUCAUCGCUAUUGAAGUUAUUCGAACUUCCAAUCGAACAAACUCAAACCGAGGCUGACGAAGAUCUUAUGGUAGACGAGAUUGACGCUGACUCGGUGAUGUUCCAAGCUUCCUUUUCAAGACUGGCAACUAGUGGUGGCAAACGUGUGGACCCAUUUGCUCAAAUAGCUGAUCUUAAACACUAUGCUGCUACAGAGAUGAACGCUGCUAAUAAACGUUAUGCCAAUCGAGUGUCCCAAAUUAUAAGCAUGCACUUACCUGGUGAUGGCCAAAGCGUUUUACAGUCGUACGGUUAUGUUAUUUAA